UGGGGGAGGGGGCUUUUUCGGGAGGGGGGUUAAAUGGGAGGAGGGUUAAAUGGGAUGGGGGCUUAAACAAUUAUGCAAAAAUCUAGUGCGCUAAAAAAUAAAAACAACGAUUUUAAUAAACACAACAUAUCCCGUACUUCGUCCUCGUCUACGAUCGUCUCUAAGCGAGCCACAUCAAUCAUUUCUUCAGCAUCUGGGAUAAAUGGGUUGUCUUCCGUCUCGUUUACCAGUUGUAUUUGUUCAUUGAGCAUUGCAAGACCGGCAUGACAGGGCUGAUGCUCUUUGAAACAAUGGAUUUCUUUAUCCUCGCUCCCAUCAGUACCGAUGUUAAAGCACACGCUUUGAACGAUUUACGUAUUAAUUCAGCUGGCAGCUCCUUCAAGGAAUCAAGAAUCCAGUUUACAGUUGUGCUGCGAGGCCUAACUUUGAAUUGGAUAUUAUAACCACGAGUGUUAUUAAUACCUCAACCAGCGAAAUAAAUACCAUUGAAUCAAUUGUUUAUAGUAGUAUUUUCUCAGUCCUUAUCAACUAUAUUGAAAUUACUGUGAAUUCAAAUAAGCCCCAUGGGGACUUAUUCGGGAGUGGGGGCUUAUUUGUCAGAAUGGGUUUUGGGGGAGGGGACUUAUUCGGAAGGGAAGAGGGGGCUUAUUCGGGAGGGAGAGAGAGGGGUAUUCGGGUGGGGGCUUAAUCGAUCAUUUACGGUAUGCAUAUUAAGAUUUGUUACCUAACAACCGUGAUUUCUCAUUCAUAUUCUUCAGCUAAGUCGGACAGCUUUUUAUAUAUUAUUUUUUUAUUUACAGAGAGCAAUGGACAGUGCGUGUGAAGAAGUACUUGAUGUACUUGUACUAGGAAGUGGUUGGUCAGGCUUGAUGACGUGCAAGUAUGCCUUAGAAGAACGACUAAACGUGCGAGUACUUGAAAAACGAGAUGACAUAGGCGGUGUUUGGAAAUAUUCUGAUGAUCCAAGCCUGACAACAGUCAUGAAGAGCUCUAGUACUUCUUCAUCUAGUACAUUGACAGAAAUAAGCGAUUUUCCGAUGCCAGAAGAAAUAGGAGAAUUUCCAAAGCACUGGGAUAUAUAUAAUUAUCUAAACAAUUAUGCGGAUAAACAUUCUUUACGUCAGCAUAUACGUUUUAAUUGUUCUGUAAAGUCAAUGUCUAAGUCAGGAAAUGUAUGGGAUGUGCUCACUAAUCUCGACACAAAAUAUCGAGCAAGAAAUGUUGUUAUUUGCACAGGCGUGCACGAGAAAGCGAACAGAUCUAUGGAACAAGCAUAUUUUAAGAACUAUACAGGAGAAUUACUUCAUUCUGGAAACAUUAAGUCUUUUAUAGAAGGACAUAAAGAGAAAAGGAUUAUGGUGGUAGGUGGCGGUGAAACAGCCAGCGAUAUUCUCGAUGAAUACUACGGCAAUGUAGCAAGGAUUAUUUGGUGUAUACCACGUGGCCAGCACUUUUUUCGAAAGUAUGCAAAGAUUCUGCCACACCGUAAACCACAAGCACUCGACAAGGCGUCGUCACGAGCUCUAAAAUUGAUAGCUCCUCAUGUUAAAAGUAAGCCUGGUUUAGCUUGGGUAUGCAAGUGGACAACGAAUGGCUCACUGACCGCGUAUCAAGGUCAUGGAAUACCCGAGUUUCGAAAUGAUGCAAGUUUUCUCCACGCCUUUAUAAACAAGCAUGCACAUGCGUUGGAUUAUAUUGAUUAUGAAAAUGUCAUACCAAAAGGGGCUAUUGAAUUUGCGAAAGAAAAAAAGGUAUAUUUUCAAGAUGGAUCAUCGUGCGAAAUAGAUGUUAUCAUCCAGUGUACUGGAUAUGACGCAACGUUUCCGUUCUUACCACCUGCUUACAACAAAAUGGUCCUAACUGACCUUUACAAGUUCGUUUAUCCCGUACUAGAUCCUUCACUGGCGUUUGUCGGGUAUGUUCGUCCUAUUGUUGGAUCUAUUCCAGGCAUUGCAGAGAUGCAAGCUAGAUGGGUGUGCAGAGUCAUAAGUGGUAGGGUGGACUUACCUUCGUCAAAUGAAAGAACAAAAGUGUUUAAAAAAGACCAAUUGUUUUGGAGUGGGUACUUUAAAAACACUUCUCGAAGAAUUGGUACACUCGUAGAAGGUUACACAUACCUAGAUCAAAUUGCAAAGCUAAGUAAUUGUUACCCAGAUUACUGGGCAUUGUUUAAAAAUAAUCCCAAAGCGUGGUUCACAGCGUAUUUUGCACCCUACAACGGAUGCUCGUUCCUCUUGAAUGAUUCAAACAAAAGAGACGAAUCGAUAGAAACUUUAAGUAGACAUAGCAGAGACACGAUUACGGCUUUUAAUUUGAUAACCAUAAUUUUGUGUCGACUUUUUAUGUUUGAUUGGUUUUGUGACGUCCUGGGCACUAUAAAAUAUCAGAUACAAAUCAACAAAAUGUGGCACAAAAUGCGUACCUGGAAAAUUAUACGUCUGCUUGAUUAUGCAUGGUGCACGCCAAAGCGAUAUUUAUUUGACAAUAAAACAAGAACAUAAAAAAAGACUUAGUAAAGAGGCUACUUGGACCAAGAUUCUUUCCAACGAAUUUAUAUACACAUUCAUUGGUGUAUGCACUUUGUUAGUGUGAUAAUUGGAAAAGUUAAUUUGAAUUGACAGACAUACUUUUUCAAAACAAAUAGAAAUGUGGUUGUCCUUAAGGUGACAGUAACCCUUUAUUAGCUGUCCAAAUAGCUGAAUUAUUUACUCAGUGUUUAUUUAUAACUUUAAUUUUUUUACUAUUUUCUUAAAAUAUAGGCCUUAAUACAUAACAAAAUGAUUUAAAUUAACACUAAAAUUGCUGAGUCAGCAGAAAUUUCUAUUAAAAAAUGUAUCAUAAACAAGAAAAAAAAUCGGCUUCUACGAGCUCAAAUUUUUUACAAUCUCGUUAUUUUUCAUCAGCUUCUGGUUUCAAAUGAACCUUGGGUUAACCCUGUUAAAACGGUGUGCGGAUUUUUUUUGUUCAUUCUUAUUUUUUUAACAAUAGCCUUUUGUUUUUUUCUAAAGAUUCUUUGUUAGAAUCCCCUGCUGCAUCGAACACUGUUAAAAGAAAAAUAUUACGAAUUACGGAGUUUCAUACCGCGAAGGUCUGGGCACUAGCAAAGCGCUUGUAGGGACAAAUUUUUAUAUCCCCCGCAGAGCGUAAGGCAUUUGCUAAGAAAAACAUGCAUGAGAACAUGAGAAUUAUUCAAUUUUUCCUUUGUAUUUUUAAUUCUUUAAACUGGUGCGAUAUAUUGAUUUUACAAUCAUUUAAAGGAAGGAUACUCAGUAUUGAUAUAAGAUUGUAUUUUAUGAAGGUUCAAGACCUAAACUUGGUUAUUAAUUUAAUUGCUUCAAGUUGUGAGGUACACUCAUCAUGAAAAGUUGGCAGUCAAAAGAGAAAGAAACCUUAUUUUGGUAGCUAGUUACAUCACAAGUUUUAAUAUUGUCUUAAAAAUAUCACAGUGUUGAUCAAAGAGGGAUUGCUAGCAUGUCAUUCAAGAUUUAUAUAGCUACUAGUACAGCCAAAAUAAUGUAGCUCAUUAAAGACAAGUAAAGACAAGUUUUUUUUCUAAACUAAUAGUUUCAUGCCCAUUAAAAAGAUACCUAGCUAGCUAUAAUAUUGAAAAACAAUUCCAAAAUUUCUUAUUUUGUGUUUGCUAGGAAACUUUACUUUACUAACCAGGGCGAAGCUACCUCCAUUUUUUAUAAACCAAAAUAAAAAUUGUCAAAAAGCUGGCUGUAUCCGUCUCGUUGUAGUUUUUGUUAGCUAGGGGUCACACUUGGUCACUCAUAUAUAUCGUAGCCUUAUUCAUAGAGUAUUCAGAUAUAUAGGUAGGAAAGUGCCCAGAUGCUAAAAAUAGGAUCAUAAAAACUCAUUUCUAAUAUCACUCAACUUAACAGUGCAGUUCAAACACCAACUUAGCCUUAAAAAUUGCUACACCUCAAUUUUGCAUUGGAAUAAUUUUAAUCUGUAAAGUACAAAGUUUCGACCGCUGCGAAAUAUAAAAUAAAAUAAUAUACUGUGGUUAAAAUAAACAAAUUUAAUGGAAAGUAACUCUUUAAACAAAUUUAGUGACUUUAACUGUUUUCGUCAAAUAUUUUCGGUUGCCAAAUUUUUCUUAUGUAAAUGUACCAAAAUUACUAUAGCUAUCAUAAAAUUAUAAAAGUGGACCUUGCCUAAAUUUAUUCUUGCAUUUCACCAAUUAAGAACACAGUAAUACAGUGUAACAUGCUAUUAUAUAUAUCCCUUCCUAGCUAGUAAUGUAAUAUUUAUAUACAAUAAUUUCUAACGAAAAGUCAAAGCCAGUCAUUAUAUCA